AUGUUGAUUCUUGAUAAUGUUGAUUUGACCUCAGUUCAGAGUUGUCUGAAACAACUUCAGCCGCUAUUAGACGAGGCAAGAUAUUCAGAGGCGUCUAAACUUUGCCAUAAAUGUUUGAAGAAAUGGCCAGGCGAAAAUUCCUUUUACCGUGUUAAGGCUUUCUGUGAAAUUCAGCUUUCUCGCUGGCACAGUUGUUUACAAACCAUCGGUUGGCUCCAUGGAUACCGUGUACAUCCUUCCAUAGCAAAUUCUAAAACUACAGAAUCUGAUAAUGAUAGUGUAAAAGAAAGUAUAAAAGAAGGUGUUAAGAUACAUUAUAAUAACGAUAUAUGUUGUUGGUUACAUUUUGAACAGAGUUAUUGUUAUUAUAAACUAGGUAAAUAUAAGCUUGGGUUGAAAACACUAUUGAUGUGUUAUAACAACUUGCCGCCGCAAGAUUUGCUCAAAUCUAGCCAUGGACAUGGGUCUGUUAACCAAAAUAAGGUAAAUGAGGAGGAAUUGUAUGAAAAAAGUGAUCUGGGAAGUAUAAUUUUUAAUGAUAAAAAGUUGACGUUGCUAUUGGCGCAACUGUGCCUUAGAAUAGGGAAUUUUAAAGAGGCGAGUGAUAUUUACAGUAAAUUAAAGCUUAAAGGUGCUGAAUCGCUUUUAUCAAUUAAUCGCUUAAGUGUUGACUUAUCGCUUUCAUCUCAAUAUUCUAAGGAUAAUGAGUUACUGACUUCACUGGUAAAGAAAAUUGAUGAUCACAUAGUGGAAAGACAUGAUCCCUAUGAGUUAUAUUUUAAUUAUGCUUGUGCUUUUGUUUUAUUAGAUGAUGUAAUUCGUGCUCAAGAUUAUCUAGAUAUUGCUAAUGAAAUGUUGGAGAAUGAAUUAAAGCAGGAAGGAGCGGAUUUGGACCCUGAAGAGCAGGUGGAAUUCGCUAACAUUCUAGCAUUCAGAGCUUAUUUGAAUUUCAAAAGAUCAAAUUUCGAACUGGCUAAAUCAAUUAAUACAAAUCUCAUCAAGACUUUUAUUAAUUCAUUGGAUGUUGAUCAAGCCACUGUAUUAGUAUCAUUAAAUAACCAGCUUUUCUUCGGGUAUCUUCAUAUACACAACUACCAUUUAGCUAGAUUAAUUAGAGAUAAUGAAUUAUAUAGAGUUGAACCUGCGGAAGUAACGUCGAUGGUUAGGAAAAUCGAAAACUUAAUUAAAAAGGAACAAAUUUAUAGAAAAUUCUCAGACUCAGAAUUGAGGAUGAUUCAUGGUAACUGUAUUUGGGCUUGUUUGUCAAGUGGUAAUUUGAAAGAAGCACAUCGUUAUUUGGAGAAUUUUAAUAGAUCUCUUCAUCAAAAGGAUUUAUUACUAUAUAAAGCAGCUCUUAUGUGUGUUGAGGGAAAGUAUACAAAAUCAAUUUCGUUAUUGCGUCAGGCAAUUACACAAUUUGGAGAUCAUCGAUUUGUUCUCUCACUAACCAAAUUGUUGAUUAAGCAGAUUAAAUAUAAAGAUGCACUCUCGUUAUUACAACAAAAUCAAAGCCAAUACCAGGAAUAUAACGAAUAUUACAAAGAAUAUCACCAGUUAUAUGUUAAAUUGUGUAUAUUACUGGGGUUAACAAAUGAAGUCGUUUCUGUGUUGAAUAACUACAUAAACAACCCAAAGAGUGGAUGUGACGAGGUGGUUAGAACUGGCUGUAACUAUUUGGAGAAUAACGGUCACCACGAAGACGUGGUAAAGAUUUGUAACUAUUUGUACCAGAGGGACAAGACUGAUUUGUCAGCCAAGUUAGGAAUCGUUUAUAAUCAAACCUUUCUCAAUGAAUCAUUUAUCGAAAUGGAUGAACAAUUUUCUAAUAAUGCUGAGGAGUUGGAAAAUGAAUAUAAGAUCACAUAUAAUAUUGGAGAGGAAGAAAAUGUUGGAAAAUCAAAGGCCAGGAGGAGAAAUAAAAGAAGAAAUAAGAAACCAAAGAAUAUUGUUGGUAAUCCAGAUCCAGAACGUUGGUUACACAAACAUGAAAGGUAUUUACAUUACAGUGCUUUCUCAUCCCCUACGGGAAACAAGCCAAGAGGAGGAAGGAUAUGUCAAGAGGUACCACACAAGGAUCAACCUCAGCUUAUUCUACUAAACCAACUACAGGCUCAAUUACAGCCACAUCCAGCAAUGUUAAGAGGUAAAGUUAAGUGGCUAGAUGAUUCUUCCCACUUUUAUUCAAUUUUAACUAAUUAUACACUAAAAUUAGCUAUAAAUCAUCUAAUGAGUAUAAAGUUUUCGUUAAAGAUGUUAUUAAUGCAAAGUAGUUAG